AUGCUACAAAAAAUUCAAGAAGACAUAGUAACACAAAGCGAAGACAUGAAAAAUAUGGAAGAAAGAAUUAAAGAAACCAUAAACAAAAAUAUAGACAAAAAAUUUGAACUCAUGGAAAGCAAAACAAACCAGCUUGAAGAGAAGAUUGAUAAACAACAAAAAAACAUAGAUUACUUAGAAAACAAGUUAAGGAAGAAGAAUUUAAUAUUUUUUGGGGUUCAAGAAUCGGAACAGAACUACGAUGACUUAGUUCAACUAAUACUAGACGUCAUAAAAGAAACAAUGAAAAUAAAAUGCGAAGGUUGGGAAAUAGAAAAUGUGAAUCGCAUCGGCAAAAAGAGUGAUAGAAUCAGACCUAUAGUAACAACUUUUACUACUAUCGGCAGGAAAAUGGAAGUGCUGAGAAGCAAAAGAAAGUUAGAAAACUCAGGAAUUUACAUAAAAGAGGACUAUUCCCCGGCUGUCCUACAGAAAAGAAAAGAGCUCCAGGACGACGUUAAACGAGAGUGGGAGGCUGGUAAUAAAGUGAUGCUAAUAUACGACAAAAUGGUUACAUUAAAACCUCACGCAACUACGAAAAGUACACCUACCGACAGGAAUUCUAAAAAACGAGUGCUCUCCAAUUCACCUACUGAUACUAUCGUAUAA